CCUGAAUUGGAAAGUUUUUGUCUCGUGGAAUCAGGAAGUCCUCCAGUGAAACGUUAGACCGUGUCCUGUGUCUACUUCUGUGGAGGAUUUAAAGCCGUGAAACGUGUCGUGAGGCCCUCAGGACUCCUCGAGCAAUGUGGAUGACUGCAGAGUCCACGCCUCCUCUUUGUGCUGGAUCUCUGCUCUGACUGCCUUUCACCAGUGACUCCAGGAGGAAUGUCCUCCUGGUUUGUAGGCCUUCCUCAGAACUCUGGAGACACUAACAGCAACAUGGAGCAGCAAAAAGGGCCGGGGGAAGAAAUGGGGGCCAAGGAAUCGCUGAUGAAGAGUCCGGUGCACUGCUCUCCGCUGGUUCCUUCUCUCACUCUGGAGAACAUCCAAGAAGCAUAUGAAGAAGGAGAGGAGGAGGCUGCCAGGGAGUUGAUCCAACAAGCCUGCUGCGUGGAGUGCAGUGGGGGGGUGCCCCACAUCGAUGGGGUUAGCCUCCUGUGUGUAGCCACUCAGCAUGAUGAUGUGCAGAGUGUGUGCUACCUCCUAAAAGAGGCCCGAGUCUCUGUGCCUGUACAGCCGACCAACAACAACCCAGCAAUCUUGGCAGCAUACUACGGCCACACGAGCUUAGUCAAAGAGCUGCUGGACUCCAUACCAGGUCCCUGUCUGCGUGCAGACUUAUUGAACUGGAUGCUGGCCACGUCCUGCCAGCAGGGUCACCUGGAUGUGGUCCAGCUGCUGGUCCAAGGCUACGGUGCUGAUGCCAGAGACUGUGCUAUCCACAGCAAUGAGUUUGCUGUCAUCACCGGGCUGCCGCUGUAUGCUGCUGCACGAGCAGAAAAUGAAGAGAUCGCUCAGUUCCUGCUGCAGAACGGUGCAGGAUUCUCCUCGUACACCCUGAUGGACCAUCCAGCCUUCAGCAAACAUCUCCUCCGACUCCGACUGCAGGAAACCACCAACCCAGAGGGAGAGCUGGCUGUCAGUGUGUGUUGGAGUGAUCUGCAGAUGCCCUGGCUGGAGCUGGACUGGUUCAUGGAUGUCUCCUCCAGUAUCACCCACCUGGAUCUGUCCUCCAACAGCCUGGCUGCUCUUCCCUCUGUGGUGCCCUGGGGUCUCCUCCACCUCCAGACUCUGGACCUUUCUAACAACCUGCUCAAAGAGCUGCCAGCGGCCCACAGCUCGCAGGAGGUCAUCUGCUCCAGUUUACGACAGGUCAAUCUCUCCCAGAACAAACUCACCGGAUUACCACCUGGACUUCUCCAUCUGACCCACAUCCAGAGUCUUUCUGCUGCCAAGAACCAGCUCACAGUACUAUUCGACGUCCCGCCAGCUACGAACUGGAUCGGUCUUCGUAAGCUGGUGGAGCUGGAUGUGUCUGAUAAUUGUCUGACCGCUCUGCCUGCUGCGGUCAUGCACUCCCUGAAGUCUCUGAGCAUCCUCAAUGUGUGCAAGAACAAACUGAGCAGCUUCCCCGACGCCUGGGCCUGUCCGCUGAAACAAUGUAAAGCCUUCUCCAACGUGAUCAAAAGUCUUCCAGACACCUUCUCCAUCUUCUGGAGGACUCAGCUGCAAGAGGUGGACUUCUCUGAGAACAGCCUGACGGAGCUGCCGUCACACAUCUUUGAACUGGAGGCGCUGGUCUCUCUGAGGUUAUGUGGGAACCAUAUUGCGACACUCCCAGCCCCCAGUAAAUGGAAAUGCUCUCAGCUCAGGACCCUCGACUUUUCCAGGAACCAGCUGGGCAAGACAGAAGAAGGGCCCAAAUCCAGGAGGCUGGCCUUCCUGACUACGUGGAACAAGAGGGACCCCGACCCAGUGAGUCCCAUAGAGUUUCCCAUGAUUCUGCGAGAGUCCCUGGAAGUGCUUUACUUGAAUGACAACCAGCUGGAGUGUGUCCCCCAAUCUGUGUGUGGUCUGCACAGCCUCACUGAGCUCUACCUCUCCAAUAAUCCUGGGAUCCGGGAGCUUCCAGCAGAGCUCGGUCAGCUCUCCAACCUGUGGCAGCUGGACAUUGAAGACCUCAACAUCACAAAUGUGCCCCAGGAUGUGAGAAAAGAAGGUCCCGGAUCUGUCCUAGCUUUCCUCCGGGCGCAGCUUCGAAAAGCAGAACCUUUCAGACUGCUGAAGAUGCUUGUGAUUGGCCCGCCCAGGCAAGGGAAGACCACCCUGCUGGAGGCUCUGCAGUUUGGCAGGACCUCCCCCUUCACCCCCGCAGACUGCAGCAUCUCUACCUUUACAUGGGAGCUGGACAAGCCCAACGGAGGGAAGAGCAGUUUUCUUCAGAGUUCACUCAGCUCUGGUUUGACCCCGCAGAAGGACUCGGUGGCGUUUAACGUCUGGGACAUCGGAGGUCAGGCCAGCAUGUCCACAGUAAACCAGUGUUUCUUCACUGAUAAGGCCUUGUACCUGGUGGUCUGGAACCUGGCUUUGGGAGAGGAGGCUGUGGCCAACCUGCAGACAUGGCUGCUCAACAUAGAGGCACGAGCACCCAACUCUGCCGUGCUGGUAGUGGGAACUCAUUUAGACCUCAUUGACACCAAGUUUCGCACGGAGAGACUGGCCACGCUGAGGGCGUACAUUCUGGCUCUCUGUCGGUCUCCAUCAGGGGCGCGGGCCUCAGGCUUCCCUGACAUCACCUGGAAACACCUGCAUGAAGUGUCCUGUAAGACCCAGGAGGGCUUGAAUGGGCUGAAGAAGCUGAUCCAGAAGGUGGCUCUGACCAUGAAGGACAGCGGCAGCACGGUGGGGGGCAACAGACUGCUGGGCAGACUGAUCCCCAGGAGCUACCUGACCCUCCAGGAGGCCGUGAUCGCAGAGAAAAAGAGGCGAGAGGGGGAAGGAGAGGUCCAGUACCUGACCGACACCCAGCUGGACUGCAUCAUUGAACAAAACCCAGGAAGUGACAUCCGAGACUACGAGGACUUGAAGACUGCCCUCAGCUUCUUGAUAGAAACAGGGACUCUGCUGCACUUCCCGGACACCAGCCAUGGCCUGUGCACCCUCUACUUCCUGUGUCCUGUGUGGCUGUCAGAGUGCCUGGAGAGGAUCCUGCACCUCAAGUCCUCCCGCUCUGUCGCCAGGAACGGAGUGAUCCGAGCUGAAGACCUCAGGAUGCUGUUGGUAGGAACAGGCUUCACCCAGCAGACGGAGGAACAGUAUUUCCAGUUUCUUGCCAAGUUUGAGAUCGCUCUGCCGGUGGCCAACAACAGUUACCUGCUGCCCCACCUCCUCCCCCCAAAACCAGCCAUGGACAUCCACAGCUUCCGACAGCAGACCAACAACACCCUGCAGCGCCUCAUCAGGAUGAGCUUUGUUCCUGCUGGAUUUUGGGAGCGCUUCAUUGCCAGGAUGCUCAUGAGCCUCACAGAGAUGGACCUGCAGUCAUUCGAACCAAAGAGGAACACCAGGUGUAAGAGCAGCAGGAACUCUGUGAUCCAUAGUUUUGCUGGAAACCAGCAGAGGAACCGCUGCAGCACCUUCAGAGUCCGACGCAGCAAGACCAUCUACUGGAAGGAGGGGCUGAUGGUCACCUUUGAUGGAGGUUACCUCAGUGUGGAUUCUUCAGAUGUCAACUGGAAGAGGAAAAAGAGUGGAGGCAUAAAGAUCGUCUGCCAAUCAGAGACCAGAGAUUUCUCUGCCAUGGCGUUCAUCACUGAUCACGUCAACUCCCUGAUGGAGCAGUGGUUCCCCGCUCUGACAGCCAGCGAGAGUGAUGGGAGUCUCCUCAUAGAGCAGUACGCAGCCUGUCCCCUCUGUGCCUCACUGGGCCAACAGCAGCAGGGCGAGCAGGGUGAGCGUCCAGUCCGCUGGCCCCAUGAAGACAGAGAGAGAGGAGGACAUGAAGGAGGAGACAGAGACGGAAGCACAGAGGUUCAUUACUUUAACAUGGAGGACUGUGUGCUAGCUGCAGUGGACAAGGAGCACAUCAUCUGUCCUCAGCACCCUGAGCAGCCGGUCCCUCUGCAGGAGCUGGUCCCUGAACUCUUCAUGACAGACUUUCCUUCACGGCUCUUUCUGGAGAGGGAAGACCUUGAGUACUGUGAGGAAGAGAACAACAUCAUCGGUCAAGGAGGCAGCGGGACGGUCAUCUACAGAGCUCGAUAUCGUGAUCAGCCCGUGGCCGUCAAACGCUUCCACUUCAAGAAGUGUCGACAGCAGACCAUCACCAGUGACACGGACACCAUGAUGAAACACCUGCAGUCUGCUGAUACCUGGAGAAGCUUCUCGGAGUUUCGACAGGAGGCCAGCAUGUUGCACUCUCUACAGCAUCCCUGCAUCGUGGCUCUGGUGGGCAUCAGCAUCCACCCACUGUGCUUCGCCCUGCAGCUCGCCCCUCUGGGAAGCCUCAACACUGUGCUGGAGGAGAAGCAAAAAAGCAAAGGCUCCAGGUACAUGCCUCUUGGUCACAUGCUAACCUUCAGAGUAGCCUAUCAGAUCGCAGCAGGACUGGCGUACCUUCACAGGAAGAGGAUCAUCUUCUGUGACCUUAAAUCUGACAACAUCCUGGUGUGGUCGCUGGAGGUGAGGGAUCAGAUCAACAUCAAACUGUCUGACUACGGCAUUUCUCGACAGUCCUUCCAUGAGGGGGCGCUGGGGGUCGAGGGCACACCGGGGUACCAGGCUCCUGAGAUCAGACCCGGCAUUGUGUAUGACGCCAAGGUGGACAUGUUCUCCUAUGGCAUGGUGCUGUACGAGCUGCUGUCUGGUCAGAGGCCAGCUCUGGGACACCACCAGCUCCAGAUCGCUAAAAAACUCUCCAAAGGCAUCCGUCCUGUGCUGGGCAGUCCAGAGGAGGUUCAGUUCUACUGCCUGCAGAGCAUGCUGACUGAAUGCUGGGACACCAAGCCUGAGAAGAGGCCAGUGGCAGCACAGUGUCUGAGGCAGAUGCAGGAGCCCAGCUUUCCGUGCCUCCGGUUUAUUCUGUCCUGUGACAGCCACGCACAGCUCUUCCUGUCCCAGCUGCAGGGAUACAGCGCUGUGUUCUGGAGCGGAGACAAGGACGAGCGGAACUACAGUGUGGUGAACAUUGAAAAGGGCCAGGUGGAGGUGAAGAGGAUGUCGUGUCAAGGCAGCAAGAUCAGCUGUCAGAUGAAGAUGGGGAACACUCUGUGGAUGGCCACUGAGGAGCAGGAUGUCUUCAUCUACAGCCUGAAGGACAUGUGUCCUCUCAGUCAACCCCAGAGACAGCUCUCCUGUCCAGCCAUCAUCACCUGCCUGUUCCCGGUUCCAGCCAGAGAGCAGAGCCUGGCCCAAGUGUUUGCGGGGAUGUCGGAUGGUCUUGUGGCUGUGUACAGCUUAGUGGAGGACCUUCCUCUGGAUGGGGAGACGUACCUGUGUUCACACACCCUCAACAAGACUGUGUUUGGUCUGAAUGACUCAGAUCCCCGGCAGAGACUCUACCCGGUCAGGAGCAUGGCUCUGGUGGGCAGCGGCUCCCAGAUAUGGUUCUCCAACGGUCCGGGUGUGCUGGUCAUUGACUGUCAGAGUCUUCAGGCAGUUCAAAGAGUGGAGACCUACGGCCCCUUGUCCUCCAUUGUAUCCAUGACCACCAGCUUCAGCCUGUGGGGGGAGGAGGCGGUCUGGACUCUGGAUGACCACACCAACACCCUGCUGCUGUACCACGCCGCAUCCUACCAGCUUUGUGCCAAGUACUGUUGUGGAGACAGCCAUCCUCUUCGGGACAUCUUCAGUGUGACGCGUCCAACAGCGGUGUCAACCCCUGACCUGGAGACCACAGAGCAAAAGGAGCAGCAGGACUGGACUAACGGAGAGGUUACUCUGAUCUACAGCGAGGAGGCGGGCACUCAGAUCAUCCAGCAUCAGGACUCGCUCACAGACUACUGUUCCAUUUCAUCCAGCUGCUCCACGGAGCUGCCGAGGUCGGACAGUACGAGCUCAGCAGGCCUGGGUUGGGUCGCCAGCAGUGUUUUGCAACCGCUUACAGACCAGGAGGAGCCAAGCAGGGACCAGGACCAGGACCAGGACCAGCAGGCAUCCACCUGUCCUGUGUGGGACUCUGUAGAAACCUUGACCCCCACACCACCAAACCUUCAGGCGUUCACUGUGCUGUCAGUGAACGGUACUCUGUGGAUCCCAAGGCGUGGAGGAGAUGUCAUGGUCAUUGAGAUGCAGACACACGCUGGUCAGCUGAAGGGGCGUGUUGUUGCCGUCCUUAGUCCUCCUGGAUGCCAGUCUUUAGGGAUCCUGGAGGAGGCAGCACUAGUAGCAAAGGACACAGUUGUGUGUGGCUUUCAUAAGGAAAACAUGGAGUGGUGCCUGUGUGUCUGGAGGGGCUGGGGCAACCACGAGCUGGAAGUCUUCUUCCAGUCCUACGAGGAGCUGGGCCGCUUGGAGACCAGCAUGAGGAAAAGAAGGUAGCUGUUGUGCUGCAGCUUCUGACUGCAGAAUCACAGCUCUGUAUGGAGGGCGAGCGAAGGGAACACGCAGCCACAGACUGCCAGUGUUCAGAGCGGGGGGGACGGCCCAGCGCUGACAUCAGGUCAACGUAAGAGGAGGGGGAGGCCUGAGCCUCCAGCUGUGCACAGCUGUUUGUCCCUCACCACAUACUUCAGUAACAAACAGAAUUGAACACACAUAUAAAGAGAGGAGAAGCCUGAAUGUUGAGUCACAGCUGGAAGAGUCCUGAAGUAAACUAUCUACUUCUGCUGAGAGGUUUUUAAAGAUGUCUGAUGUUUGAUCAUUUUGGUGCUGUAUGCAUUAUCUGGUCCCUGUCAGAGGUUGGUUAUGACGGGGAUUCACAUGCUCCAGAUGUAGGAGACUAUUUGUGUCUGACUCCAGCUGCUGCCUCUCACAGUUUAUUCUUUGUCUCUUCUGUUUCCCUUUAUUUGACUCUUGAGCUCUGCAGCUCUCUGGACGGAGACAUUCUUGAGGGACGAGUAAUGACUGUUUUUAAAUGGACUGGACUGAAGCUGGUAAUGCAAGGGAAACAGCUGAGAUUGGCACAUGGCAGUGUCAGCGACUCUUUCACACACUCCAUCUCUUUUCCUGUAUAUUUUUGAAUCUGCAUGCAGGCUGCUGCUCCCUCUGUUUCCAGAGAAGCCUGGAAGCACCAAACCAACAUCUGUGUCCUGUGAAACAUUACACAACAGAUCUUUCUGUAACCCAAUCCUGCUGCUUUUGGCAGAUAAAAGCCACCAAACCUGCUCCUGGAGGUAAAAAAUCUCUGUUGAUUAGUAAAGUCGUUUUCAUGGUCACUGCUCAGGCCUCCCCUUCACAGGGUUCAUGCUGCUUUCACAUGCACGGUGGACCUGCAGGAAAGAAGCAGCCAGCUUUGCACAGACCCAGGAGCUGAAACAUGAGGGACCACAUGGUUGGACAGUGGUUCAUUAGUCCUCUUCAUUAAAACAACAUGUGCUCAGCUGCUUCCUGUUAGGUUGUCUGCUCAGGGAGUGUUCACAGCCCACACUGGUUGAACGUUAUUUAAAACUGAACUCCGGGAAUUGUAUUAUUUAAGAGGGAUCAGGCUCUCUGCAAGAAAGGGAAGCAAACAGAUUUUAAAAAGAGGACACAUGAACACGAGGAAUGAGAUGCUGAAUCACGUGACCAGUGCUCAUACUCACUCGUCUCCCAUUCCCCUUGGUUUUACAUCGUUCAAUCAUUUUAUCUUUACUCAUUGUUUUUUUUAAUAAGUCUGCACUUUUGCACUCCUACAGGUGCCAGUAAUGAACUGUAUAUUGUCAAUAAAGACUUGUGGUUGUGCAGAGGUUAUUUAUUUAAGAGAAUGUAUAAUGAUUGUGUUGUUGUGUACAUAAACACUGUACGAUAUGAUACUGAAUAAAGUUCUUAUUAUAA